AGAGGAGCAGGAGACCCUUUACCUCAAUCACACCCUUAGGCCUUGAGACUCUUUACUCCACGCGUCUAUAAAAAGAGCUUUCCUCCUCUAAGGAAGCAACAGCCGAUUCUCUCCUACAGAGCUUUUUUUUCUUUUCGCGGAGCGGAGAGAAGGCAGGAGAGGAGGAGAGGGACAACAGCUGAGAGUCGCCAGUCUCCGUGAGAAAUCUGUGGAGAGAAGGAGUGAGGACAAACAAGAGCAGGAGGAGAGGAAAAGCUUUUGGGGAAGCGAACAGUCCUGUGCACCAGGCUGCACAAGAUGGUGUGUCCAUGUUGGUUGUUAGUGCUUGUGUUGGUAUACGUGUCCACCCCCGGGUUUGGGUUGGUGUGCUGGGACAGCUCCAUCUGCAACAACCUGAGCAACAAGGAGAAGAUACUGGACUGUGUUCACCACUGCCUGUCUGUGAUCAGGACUGAAAUCCCAGAUCUCAGCGCGCCGACCGUCAACGACGACGAAGACCUCUUAAUCAGCAUCAUCCUGGCCUCGCUGGUUUCCGAAGAGAAGAUAUCCAAAUCGGAUCUGAAAGCCCACAGCGACGGGCGACGGUCCUACACGAUGGAGCAUUUCCGCUGGGGGAAGCCUUCGAGAGACAAGAUGAGAGAGCCGAAGCUGAGGGGCCACAGCGACGAGCGGCGCUCCUACUCCAUGGAGCAUUUCCGCUGGGGUAAGCCCUCUGGCCGCAAACGCCGGCCUGUUAAAGUCUUUGCCACCUCUCUGGAAGGAGGGGGCCCGUCUGGAGGUAGAUUCCCCCCUCAGGCUCGCAGGCAGCUGCGCAGUAACGAGGAUGAAGCCAAAGGGGACGUUAGCGGAGGUGGUCAAGGCCAGACCCGGCCCCGGGUCGGCUCAAAGUCAAACAUUGUGAUGGGCCUGCAGCAGAGGAAAGACGGAAGCUAUAGGAUGAGUCACUUCAGGUGGGGCAGUCCCCACACAGCGAAACGCAACGGGCGCUUCAUGAAGCAGUGGGAGGAGAGACCUCAGGGGAAGCUGGCCAGGUUGUUCAGGAACAUUAUAGUCAAGGAUGUGCAGAGGAUAAUGGUAUGAACAGAAGAGUCUUAAUAGCCACUGCAUGUUAGUGCCCACGUGUCUUAAAUUUUAAACUACAUAAACUCGUUGCUGUUGUUGGCAUGUUGUUGAAUGUCUUUGCCGGGCCACUGGUUAAAAGCUUAAGUAAAGAUAAGGCGGUGCUUUCAUCAAUAAAAACACUGACGCACCCACUGACUGCCUCAAAUGUCUCGGCCUUGACUUAAAAGGUUUUAAGCAUUUUUGUUAUUUUUAUUCUUGUGGAAAGCACCAUUACUAAUCUGAAAGCUUUGAAAAAAAUUAAUGAACCAGUGAAUGUGAUGUAGGGAUAAGAGGUCGGCGUGAAAAAGAUACAUAUUUAUUCUGUUAUAUACAGUUUAUUUACUGAGCUGAGUUUUUUUUUUUUUUUGUAAAUGAAUAUCAUAUUAAAGCUUUUUUUGUGGCAAAUGA